CGUGCGGUUUGUCGGCCGGCCGGCGUCUGCCAGCAAGAAAGGCAUUUUCCAAAUGGCCCCUUUUGAGGUCAUGGAUUCCAACGUUAAAUACGGAUGGCGCGUUUCUGGCCAGCUUGUUCUGUUGCCGGCGGCUACUCUGCCAGGACGCCGUGUAAAGCUGAGGCCACCCUCGGAGGUAGGACACAAAGCCCCCCAGGACGCCCCCAUCCCCCCCCAUUCCGGGUCAGGCCGCCGACCAAUCAGAGGAGGAAGCGCCGCGCCGGCGAGGGGAGGGGCAAGUCAGCGGCGUAGACAAAGACGGCACCUCCGACCGCCGAGACUGGACAGGGAGAGCGCUGUUUGAUGGAGCGCCAGGAGCUGUGCUUUCCACAGCUGGGCAACCUGUCGUGCCGGAAGCCCGAGUCCGGUUGGAGCCACGGUGUCUUUUGGACUCUUGUGCUCUACUCGGUCUGCACGCUGACCGUGGUGCUGAACCUGCUGGUCAUCACCUCCAUCGGCCACUUCAGGCGUCUGCGCAGCCCCACCAACCUGCUCCUGCUCUCGCUGGCCGUGUCCGACCUGCUGGUGGGCCUGCUGGUGUGGCCGGGCGAGAUCUACCUGGAAAAAUCCUGCUGGGCUUUGGGCGACGUGCUGUGUUCUCUGUACAACCUGGUCUCCUUCACGGUGACGUCGGCCUCGGUGGGCCACGUGGUGCUGGUGUCGGCCGAGCGCUACGUGGCCAUCUGCCGCCCGCUGCGUUACAACCUUACGGUGACGGUCAAGCGAAUUCAACUUUGUGUUUGUGUGUGCUGGUUCUGCUCUCUUCUGGUGAGCGGCGUGUUAAUGAGGGAGGACCUGGCGCACCCCGGCCAGCACGCUUCUUGCCUCGGCCAGUGCCUCAUUCAUCUGGACUACGAGGCGGGCAUUUUUGAUCUGCUGGUGACGUUCGUCCUUCCUCUCAGCACCAUUGUGCUUCUGUACUCGCGCGUGUUUGCGGCGGCCCUGUCUCAGGCGCGCUUUGCCGCGCGCUCCCGGGUCGCGUGCGGCAAAGCGCGCCCUUCCGGAGCCAAGAAGUCGGAGCUGAAGGCGGCCAGGACUCUGGGGGUCCUGGUCCUGGUCUUUCUGAUGUGCUUCUGUCCGUACUACUGCGUCUUGCUGGCGGCCGACAGCUUGCCCACGUUUGUGCUCAACGCGUACUACCUCAACUCCUGCGUGAAUCCCUUGAUCUACGCGUGGUUCUACCCAUGGUUCCGAGCGGCUGUCAAGCACCUGCUCACGUUGCGCGUGCUGCAUCCGGGCUCCCGGGGGGGCCACGCGGCAUAGAGUGGCGCCCGCCGGGCUUGCUUCUUGCCAGAACACAGCAAAGCUGAGACGCGGUCGUGCCACGCCGCAACUCUUCUCGCCCUUCUUUCCCG